ACAUUUCUGAUUUUAACGUGUAAAGGGGACUUUUAUUUUGGAGGGGAGAUAUGACAUCAUAAGGCUGUGCUGCGCUCCUGCUCUGUUGUGAUUUGGCUGAAGAAAGAAAAUCAUCUACGUGACACACUAUUAUAAAGAUGUCGUUUAUUAAAGAGGAGAGUGAAGACAUUAGGAUUGCAGAAGUGUUCAGCAUCAAACAUGAAGAUACUGAGGAACAAACAGACCUGAAGGUGCUGAAAAAGGAGAGUCAAGAACUGAAUGAAAAUGAAGAGAAGUACCUGGUUGAGAGAAAUCUUGAUUUCAUAAUGGAAGAAAAAUAUUUUAGCUGCUCGCAGACUAAAAAGACUUCCACACGAAAAAGAGCUCUGAAGACAGGAACUAGAGAUUUCUCCUGCGAACACUGUGGAAAGUUUUUUAAUCAUAAAGGAAACCUUAAAAAGCACACACAAAUUCACACUGGAGAGAAGCCUCAUGCAUGCACUCAGUGUGGAAAGAGUUUCAUUGAAAAAGGAAGUCUUAAAAUCCACAUGAGAGUUCACACUGGAGAGAAGCCUUAUGCAUGCACUCAGUGUGGAAAGAGUUUCACACAAAAAGAAAGGCUUAAAGUCCACUUAAGAAUUCACACUGGAGAGAAGCGUUUCUCCUGCAAACAGUGUGGCAAGAGCUUCAAAGAAAUAGGACACCUCGAAGGCCACAUGAGAAUUCAUACUGAAGAGAAGCCUUUCACCUGCCAACAGUGUGGAAAGAGCUUCAAUGAAAAAAGAAAUGUAAAACUCCAUAUGAGCGUUCACACUGGAGAGAAGCCUUUCACCUGUGAACAGUGUGGGAAGAAUUUCACUCAAAAAGGACAUCUUAAAAUCCACAUGAGAGUUCACACUGGAGAGAAGCCUUUCACCUGCAAACAGUGUGGAAAGAGUUUCAAUGAAAAAGGACACCUAAAACACAUGAGAAUUCACACUGGAGAGAAGCCUUACACCUGCCAACAGUGUGGAAAGGGCUUCACUGAUAAAAGAAAUGUAAAUCUCCACAUGAGCGUUCACACUGGAGAGAAGCCUUUCACUUGCCAACAGUGUGGGAAGAGUUUCACACAAAAACAACAUCUUAAAGUCCACAUGAGAAGUCACACGGGAGAGAAAGCUUUUACUUGCCAACAGUGUGGAAAGAGUUUCACUGAAAAUGUACACCUUAAAGUCCACAUGAUAGUUCACACUGGAGAGAAGCCUUUCACAUGCCAACAGUGUGGAAAGAGCUUCUCUCAAAGAGGACAUCUUAAAAUCCAUGUAAGAAGUCACACUGGAGAGAAGCCUUUCACCUGCCAACAGUGUGGAAAGAGCUUCUCUCAAAAAUGUUAUCUUAAAGUCCAUGUUAGAAGUCACACUGGAGAGAAGCCUUUCACCUGCCAACAGUGUGGAAAGAGCUUCACAACAGCAGUGAACCUUAAGUAUCACAUGAGAACUCACACCGGAGAGAAUCUGUUCAGUUGUGAUCACUGUGGAAAGAGUUUCAAACAAAAAAAAUCCCUUAACUGUCACUUGAGUUCACCCAAGAAGUGUGGAAAAAGUGUCAGUCUAAACCAGGGGUCAGAAACCUUUAUGUCACGAAGUGCUGUUUUUAAGUUUCCUAGUUAAUCCCUGUAACACAACCCAUACACCACAUAUUUUAAAUAUUUGUUCAGUUUGAAUGUCGAUGACUCUCUUGUACAAAGGGCUUUUACCCCUGGUCUUUUUUUAACGAUUGGAUAUCUAUGGGGUCAGAGAAAACACAUGAAUUGACCAGGUAUACAUGAACUGAGUCUCCACAUGCAUCACAGUCAUUUUGAUGUUGGCCACUGUCCUUCAGAGUUUAGCUCCAAAACCAGUUAAAUACAUCUGACCAGCUAAUCAAGGUCUAACUAGGCAUACUAGAAACUUUCAGCCAGGAGUUUUGGAGCUGCUUGGAACUAAACUCUGCAGGACGGUGGCCUCCAGUACUGAGUUUGGAGACCCCUGGCCUAGUGGUUAACACACUGACAUAUGGUGCAACUGUCCCACCGGUGACCCGGGUUCGAAUCCUGAUUCGCAGUCCUUUGCCGAUCUAGCUCCCCUCUCUUCAGCUCCAUGCUUUCCUGUCAGUCUCUACUGUCCUGUCCUAAAUAAAGCCCAAAAAAAGGACUCUGUAUACUUGGUUAAAGUUUAUGCCAUUAACUAUUUACUGCAGAACAAGCUGUAAGUUGUCAGUAACUUAAUAAGACUUAAUAAGUUGUGUUACUAUGAGGAAACCUCAAAAUGUAGAUAUGUAUGCAGGUAGGAGGUACUCUAUUAUUGUAUACUGGUGCACACCACCCAGAUGAUUACAUGUCCAAAGCAUUGUGCUUAUAUGUAUGUUGGUUUCCAUAGCACAGAUAUGGAUAUCAUAUCAGUAUCAUAUUAUAUUCAUCAAAAAUGAAAACAAUGAGAUAUUUAAGUGGUUUAGUUUUAUGUUUUUUAAUGCAGUCUUAUGAUAUAUUAUAAUGUUUAUCUUUAUUAUUUUACUUACUUCUUGAUGUUUGCUGAUAUUUGUUUGGUUUUUUUUUUUUUGGACAUGUUUUAUAAAAUUGUACAAUAAAGCCCCAUACAGGUGAAAGCAUCAAGUCAUGGAUGUAUUUCCUUUGUGGUUCUCUUUUUUUAUGUCCAAUAAAAUCUACUAUUUGCA